AUGCCAGUUGACCAGCGCUCUCAGCAGUUCGGAGCCUCAGCCGCUGCGUGCCAUCCAGCAGUUCCAGCCUCAACGACCACGCAAACCUCCGCGGAUUCUUCGUGCGUGGGAACACCCAGCGUCCAGCCAUCCUGCGCGAGCCCUGGCGCCUCUCAAGUUGCUAACGUUCAGCUAGCCCAAGACACGGAGCCUGUCGCGCAAGCUUUGAGCGAGGGGAGUGGAGAAGAGUACGAGGAGCUGGACAGCGAAGAGCCUAGCAAUAGUGGAGACGAGGACUGGAGCUAUGAUGAAGGUGCAGUGGAGGAAGAGCAGUUGACUGGAGAGAGCGCAGAAAGCGCUACUGAGGGUGAUGACCAGGAGGACAUUAGUAUCAAUUUGACUGACGUCGACGUUCUGCAGUGCGUAACGACACUAAUUCGCGAGGACGAGUGCGACAAAGGUUGCCUCGACGGGAAGGUUGUCGAGUUGGAGUGGCUUGUUUGCUCGCUGGAUCAGCUAACAAAGACGGAGAAAACAACUUGCAUUCUAACUCUCCUCGGGGUUCUGAUGCAGACCGACACGGUUGAACGGCGCCGUGGCAGCGGGGCGCGCGACAAAUUCCACUACUAUUUGCCGUUUGUUGGAAAGGUGUGCCGCCCUUCGUUUGCUCGCUGUCUUGGGGUACAGCCCCUCACCCUGCAGCGCUACAAAAGGCGCGUGCGAGAAGGAAACAUCGCACCUAAACCACAUGGCAACAAGCUCAACAAGAAUGCAGCCAAGGUGGAUUUGGUAUGGUUAGUGAAGUGGUUUAAGUGUUUUGCCGACGAGGUGGGGGAGGUGGUCCCUGUUAGGGUGCGCAUGCAAAAGACUAAGGACGGAGUGGUCAAGAAGUACUAUUCUCGCGAGGACUACACCCUUAUUCCUGCCACUUUUACCUGGGACCGCCUCUUCGAUGAGAUGCACAAGUACGUGAGUCUCGGUCUGCGUGUCCAAGAACCAGCACCCUCGACGUUUCGGAAACUGCUAUCUCUGCACUGCCCCACAAUAAAAAUUCGAGCUUCGCAGUCAAACGUGUGCGACAUGUGCUCCAUUUACCAGACGCGCAUGCGUCGUGGAGCCACUGCUGAGCAAACGGAAGAACUUGGGCAGCAUACUGAGUCAGCACGGCGAAUGAGGCGUGAAUACAAGAAGGAUAAAGCCGCUAUUCGGGCAGUCGAUGGCAGCAACAACAAUACUGCGGUGUUUGUCAUGGACUUUUCACAAAACUUGACGAUUCCGUCCGUAACAUCCACGCCGUCGCAGUGGUACUUCUGUUCGCUGCUGUCAGUGAGUCUAUUCGGCAUUUUUUACGAAAAUACUGGAACGCAAACCAAUUAUCUGUACGACGAGUUCACCAGCGGCAAAGGUAGCGACCAGAUAAAUUCCAUGCUGCAGCACUUUAUCGAUACUGUGCUGCUUCCUGCAGGCAAAAAGCGUCUCGUGGUGUAUGCCGACAACUGUUCCGGUCAAAAUAAGAACAAUUUUGUGAUCAAGUUCUUCUUGGCACAAGUGCAGAUAGGCGUCUUUGAACGGAUUGACUACAAGUUUUUCGUCAAGGGGCACACGAAGAACUCUUGUGACCGUGGAUUCGGCCACAUUCGAAAGCACGUGGGGAGGUCUGACUGCUGGACGAUGGAUCAAAUUAUUGCCGCUGUCAAAGACUCAGCUACGUCCAACACCACUGUGCGCAUUUCCCGAGAAGAUUCUUUCUUCAAGAGCUACAAACCUAUAAUGAGUGAGCUGUAUAAAACGUUGGUCGGUGUCCAGCAGUACCAACUAUUUAGCAUGGAAGAAGGCAAGCCUGGUGUAGUUGAAUGUAGGAAGGGCCCGGACGACGAACCAGUUGAGCAGGAUCUACGACGGAAAAUCGACGAUGUAUUGACAGACAGCGUCAAAGUGAAUCGCAUGAUGGACCAUUUUGUGGAAAAGUUAAGCCCUCCGCCACCCAACGCCGAGAAAAUGGCGGACCUAUACAACAAGAUCCGCCCAUACGUGCCAGAAGAGUAUCAGGAGGAUUCGGUUUACGCGGCUCCAAGUAGACAGCAAGGGGACGAUGCAAAGGCUGCGAAACAAGCUCGUAGAGAGCACCGUACGGCCAUGGCUAUUGCUGCAAAGAAGAACUUCGAUCAACGAGGGAGAGACCCAAGCCCCGCACCGAAGAAACGAAAGCGAAACAACUCUGAGACGGCCGUUGUUUAG